GCUGUGCAAAGUGAACGCACUUCGUGAAUUGUUUCUUAGAGAGCAUAGAAAUAGUGAUAGACAACUUAUUAAGUAAUAGUGACAAAAGUGACUUGUAUUUUUUCGAGUGGAGAGCAGUGAGAACUAAAAAUGACAUUAAAUCUAUUUUAUAGUGCCAUUAAGUGGUAGAUGGCACCGAAAAACUAGAGAACUGAAAUAUUUGUUGUUUUAUGAAAUUUAACAAGCUGAGAGAAAUUUCAGCAUAGAUAUCAUAAAUAGAACUGAAAACGAACCACAGAGCCUCACCAUGGGAUAUUUAAAAAAUGAAUUUAAACUCCACAUGUUUGGUCUCAGGCACGACACAAUUACUAAAUUUUAUCUAAGCUGUUUUCAGAAAAGUCAAUCGGUGUUGCCACUCCUCUUUAUAAGAAUUUUUAUAUUUUUAACCUGUUUAGCUACAAUAGUUAUUUCUCUGGUACCUCCCCCAGAAAGUGACACACAACAACGCUAUUGGCUAAUUUACAUGACAAAUUGGGGCGUUGUUUUAAUAAAUAUGACGUCUGGUUUUGCAGUUAUAGUUUCAGGGAUAGCAUUGUUUAAAGUACCAUUUGAUGCUACACUGAAAUUACCAUGGUAUGUAAAGAUAUACUGGGUUCUUUUUGUCACAACGGUUCCUGUAUCCGUGUUUAUAACAGCAUUCUAUUAUAUUAUGCUCUUUGAUAGUGAAGUUUUAACUGCUGGAACACCCUACUAUUUGGCUCAAGACUUCCUCACACACGCUGUAAACUCAGUCCUAAUGCUUCUUCUCCUGAUAACUUCAAGGACACCUUUUAGAAUCUUACACUUCUACUUCCCUGUGGGAAUUGGACUCGUGUAUUUGAUUUUUAGUGUUAUUUAUUAUGCUGCUGGUGGAAUAAAUCAGUAA